GCAUGUGGCUAAUAAAAUUGUAUUUUAUUUGACAGUGAGCUAGCUCACUGACAGUAAGAUCAUGUCCAAAAGAGGGGGGAAGGCAAAUCUUUGCGUAAUUUCUGCGGCAUACUCCAAAACUGGUUGGCUGACUUCAGCAUUUCUGCAGUCAGCCUUUAUCUCGAUUUACACACCCUGUAUCUGAACUUCUGAACAGGGAAGGGCAACAGAAACAAAUGACUGGAGAAGAAGAAACACUACAUAAUUAGCCAUCCCGCAUACAGUCACAGACGAUGUACUGUUUCAUUGCAUAACAGUUUUACGUUCGAGGAGAUAUCCAUAGGCAGACAUGAUUUAGCUUUCAAAUCUCACAUCCUGGGACUACGGUUAAACUACUAGCAUGGCUGAGUCUGCAGCCUUGAGUUCAGAUGAUUCCCAGUUUGUGGAUAAGCACAGGGCUCAGCUCAUUCAGAGGGUUACCUUAGUGAUGCCCAUAGCAGAUGACCUACUCCAGAGGUGCCUGAUCCAUGAGGAGGUGUACUCUAAUAUCCAUGCUACCAGGACCAGCCAGGAACAAAUGAGACUGCUGUAUGAGGCCCUGAAUUCAGGAGGGGUAAAGGUGAAAUCAGCCUUUUACAGGAUUCUACUGGAACAACAACCUCAACUAGUCCAAGAUCUAGGUGAACCCUCUGCAGUCCAUGUCAGCACAACUCUGAAUUCCAAAGACAAAGAUGAGAAUAAUGAAAUGUGCCAAACAGAAUUGAAAUCGUACCUGAAGAGAACAUUUGAAAGAAUAUUUCCAGGAAUAGCUACACAAGGACGUCCUACACUCCUCAACAAGAUCUACACAGAGCUCUACAUCACAGAGGGUGGAAGUGGUGAGGUCGACAAAGAACAUGAAGUGAUGAAAAUUGAGGCAGUAUUAAGGAGACCAGCGACACAAGAGAUACCAAUCAAAUGCAACGACAUCUUUAAACCCUUACCUGGACAGGACCUGACUAUCAGAACUGUGCUCACAAAGGGAGUCGCUGGCAUUGGAAAGACAGUCUCAGUGCAGAAAUUCAUUCUGGACUGGAUUGAUAGAGAAGCUAAUCAGGAUAUACAGUUAAUAUUUCCAAUUCCUUUUCGUGAGCUGAAUUUGAUGAAGGAAAGUAAACUCAGUUUGAUUGAUCUACUUCAUAAUUUUUUCGACGACAUCAAAGAAUCAGGACUUUCCAACUUAAAAAAAGUCAAAGUGUUGUUUAUCUUUGAUGGGUUGGAUGAGUGUCAACUUCCUCUGAAUUUCAACAGAAAUGAGAUCUGCUGUAAUGUCACAAAGUCAACCACAGUGGAUGUACUUCUGACAAACCUCAUAAAGGGGAAUCUGCUUCCUUCUGCUCUUCUCUGGAUAACUUCACGACCAGCAGCUACCAAUCGGAUCCCUCCUGAGUGUGUUGACCAGGUGACUGAGGUACGAGGUUUUAGGGAUGAACAGAAGGAGAAAUACUUCAAGAAGACAGUCAGUGAUGAGAAACUAGCUGAAAGAAUCAUUGCACAUAUAAAGUCAUCAAGGAGCCUCGACAUCAUGUGCCACAUACCAGUGUUCUGUUGGAUCUCAGCCACUGUUCUAGAGAAACUGUUGAGUAAAGCAGAAAGUGGAGACUUGCCCAAGACUCUGACACAAAUGUUCUUACAGUUUCUGAUCUUUCAGAUAAUACAGACAAUGCGGAAGUAUCAUGAAGACCCUGACACAGAUCUCCACUGGGAUAAAGAGAUCAUACUGAAACUUGGAAAACUGGCCUUUGAACAUCUUGAAAAAGGCAACCUGAUCUUCUAUGAGAAAGAUCUGAAAGAGUUUGGCAUUGACAUCAGACAGGCUUCUUUGUGCACAGGAGUGUUCACACAGAUCUUAAGAGAAGAGUGUAUGUACCAGGAGGUGGUCUACAGCUUUGUUCAUCUGAGCCUUCAGGAGUUCAUUGCUGCUUUGUAUGUGUUUCUUUCAUUUGAAGACAACAAUGAGGAUGUUAUAACACCCCAACUACCAUCCUCCUCGACUGGAAUUGUCUUGUAUGAAGAAAUUCGUCCUGACAACAUCUACAAGAGUGCAGUGGAUAAGGCCUUAAAGAGUGAGAGUGGACACCUGGACCUGUUCCUCCGCUUCCUUCUCGGCCUUUCACUGGAGUCCAACCAGACAUUCUUUCGAGGCCUACUGACACAGACAGGAGGGAGCUCACAGAGCAACAAGGGCACAGUCGACUUCAUUAAGGACAGGAUCAGGAAAAAUCCCUCUCCAGAGAGGUGCAUCAACCUCUUUCACUGUCUGAAUGAGCUGAACGACAAUUCUCUGGUGGAGGAAAUCCAAAUCUACUUGAAGUCAGGAGGUGUUUCGAAGGUUGAACUCUCAUAUUCUCAUUGGUCUGCUCUGGCCUUUGUUAUGUUGUCCUCAGACGAGGAGCUGGAUGUAUUUGAGCUGAAUAAAUUUGUCAGAUCAGACGAAGGCGUUAUGAGGCUGUUGCCAGUGAUCAAAGCCUCUAAAACGGCUCUGAUGAAUUCUUGCAAUAUCACUUGGAGAUGUUGUGAGAAUCUGGCCUUAUCUUUCGGAUCAUGUACCUCAAGUUUGAGAAAGCUGGACCUGAGUCACAAUGGCUUGACUGAUUCAGGGGUGGAGCUGCUCUGUCUUGGACUGGGCAAUCCACUCUGUAAAUUGGAAACACUGAAGCUGUCAGGCUGUAAAGUCCAAGAGAAAGGCUGUGCUUCUCUGGCUUCAGCUCUGAGGUCAAACCCGUCACACCUGAGAGAGCUAGAUCUGAGUUACAAUAACACAGGAGAUUCAGGAGUGAAGCAUCUCUCUGCUGCACUGGAGGUUCAAUACUGUAAACUGGAGACACUGAGUCUGUUUGAUUGCAGCUUAACUGGGACAUGUUGUGAAGCCCUUGCCUCGGCUCUGUGCUCAAACUCUUCAAGUCUGAGAGAGUUGGAUCUUAGUCGCAAUGACCUGCACAGUAUUGGGCUGGAGCUGCUCUCUGCUGGACUGAGGAGCACCAAUUGUAAACUAGAAAGGCUGAGGCUGUCAAACUGUAAAGUCGAAGAGAAAGGCUGUGCUUCUCUGGCUUCAGCUCUGAGGUCAAACCCCUCACACCUGAGGGAACUGGACUUGAGCUACAAUCAUAACCUGCAGGAUGCAGGAGUGGCCAAUCUUUCUGCUGCACUGGGGAAUCCACUUUGUAAUCUGGAGUCACUGAGGCUUGAAAACUGUGGAGUCACAGAAGAAGGCUUUUCUUCCCUAGCCUCUGCUCUGAAGUCCAACCCUUCACACCUGAGACAGCUGGACCUGAGCAGCAAUAAAGCAGGAGACACAGGAGCAAAGCUGCUCUCUGCUGCACUAGAGCAUCCAGGUUGUGAACUAUUGAAAUUGAGGCUGUCAUUCUGUAGUGUCCUGGGGGACGGUUGCUGUUCCCUAGUUUCAGCUCUGAGGUCAAACCCCUCACACCUGAGACAGCUGGACCUGAGUAACAAUUUCCUAGGAGACUCAGGAGUGAUGCUGCUCUCUGCUUUAUUGGAGGACCCACACUGUGAAAUCAAGACGCUGAGGCUUACAGACUGUUACAUUUCAGAGGAAGCAUUUGUUUCUCUGGCUUCAGCCCUGAAAUCAAACCCAUCGCAUCUGAGAGAGCUGGACCUGACCAGGAAUUACGGAGGAGACUCAGGAGUGAAGCUGCUCUGUGCUGGAAUGAAGGAUCCAUGCUGUAAACUGGAGAAACUGAGCCUGUUUUGUUGUAAACUGAGUUGGGAAUGCUGUGAGGCAAUGGCAGCAGCACUCAGCUCAACUUCAAGUCUGAGAGAGCUGGACCUGAGUCACAAUUAUCUGGGGAAUUCAGGAGUGACGAUGCUCUCUGCAGGAUUGGGCAAUCCUCACGGUAAACUGAUGAUCCUGAGGCUCUGUAAUUGUGGUAUGAAAGAAGAAGGCUGUGCUUCUCUGGCCACAGCGUUGAGGUUAAAUCCCUCUCACCUGAAAGAUCUGGACCUGAGUUCCAAUUCUCCAGGAGACCCAGGAAUGAAUCUGCUCUUUGCUGUGCUAGUGGAUCCCUGUUGUAAACUGGAGAUUUUGACUCUGGAUAACUGUAACCUCACCGAGAAUUGCUGUGCUGCACUGGCCACUGCUCUCAGCUCAAACUCCUGUAGUCUGAAAAACCUGAACCUGAGUGACAAUAACCUAUAUGAUUCAGGAGUACAUCUACUCUCAGCUGGACUGAAGAAAACACAGUGUAAACUGGAGACACUGAAGGUAGCAAACUGUAAGUUCAAAGAGGAUGGUUGUGUUGCUCUGGCCUCAGCUUUAAGCUCUAACCCCUUCCACCUGACAGAGCUCGAUCUGAACCAGAACAGGUAUGGGCGUGGAAAAGCCUUGCUCAAAGCACUGCAGAAGGAUCCACACUGUAAACUAGAGAAAGUGGGAUUGGUCCCAAUGUGAAACAGCCAUCUUCAUACAGGACAGAGAAACCAGCCGCAUUCUGAAGAGACCGUCAAGAAGUGACGUGGACGCAGUUCUCAACCGUUCUUGAAACCACUGAACUGAAAACAUGCUAUGUGUAGACCUAAUAGACCAAACAGAUGCAGCGUAACAUUACAAACAAGUGACGUUAAUACAUUUUUUGAUUAAGCUUUAUAAUUUGGAAGACGCUCAACAUCUACUUUAGAAAUGUAAUGCAUGUGUAUGCAGUACAGUACUGAUCUUUGAAAAAUACCAUACCAGUCAAGUUUGGACACACCUACUCAUUCAAGGGUUUUUUGAAUCAGAGCAUUAUAACAUUAUAUUGAAUCAGAGCAUAAACAAUCAUGCUAACUGUACAGGCUUAAGGUGUACGGAAACGCAUUUCCAGCCUGCGGUGACCUUGGGACACCACAGACAGAUUUCCUGAGGUGUCAUCAUCAGGUGAUAAAUUGAAAGCAAACAAUGUGUAACCCUCUGCAAAAUCAUUUCUGUCAAUAGGUAAAGAGAGAUCUUUUAGAUGCCAGGAAUAGAUUGUAAAGUUCUCGCACAGAUACCGUAUGAUGUUAUUAAAUUGCGGUUGGAAAGCCUUAGCAGGGACCUGACGUCCGUCCUGACAGAGAGCUACAUGCAUUGAAGUGUUGAAAAUUAAAUGGGUUUUUAUGUAAGCUGCCUGUAUUACAGGCGUGAUCAACCAAACCUAUAACCAUUUAGCGGGGUACAGGGCCUAUAAAAAGGUUUUCUUGACUGCAGAUUCUACUGCCCACAGGUAUGCUAAAGGUUUUCAUGGUAAUUCUUUGGAGAGGGUAAAGGGCAUUUCCUUUCAUCAAAGCCUGUGAGUGACCCAGACGAACUGCUGGAGAUACAGACACUUUUUUAAUAAAAAGCGUUGCCCCCAACUCUUUUAAACUAAAGUCACCGUCUUGGGCAGACCUCAGGCAAAACUCAUCCUUGGCCCUGGUUAAUUUUACUUUUAAAUCAACUGAAUUUAAGAGUAAACGUUCUUGAAAGAAAAUGUCAGUGUAUCGGCCCUAGCAGAUGAAACUCUCGAGAUUCGGCACAGUAGCGAGCACGUGCCUCCAGUCCUUUGUUUGCACCGGUGGAAGGGUCUAUUGAUUCCAUAGAGACUCCUGCAGUAUCCUUGCUAAACAGCCCGGCGCUGAAUUGUGUCUUGAGAGUGUCUUCGGAGUAGUUGAGUAAACACUCCAUGAUCGCCCUAUAAGGGUAUGUGGCGCUGCUUUGACUGAUUAGGCGUUCACCCAAAGUCACAUCCACUUGGGAGAAGAUGGUGGCCAAGGGGUAAUUAAUGAGACUCACUUUGGCAUCGUUUGCAAUAUUAGUACCAUCUCUUUUGGUCACUUUGAGACGUAAAUGCACCAAGGUGUUGUUGAGGACCAGAUAGUUGUCAGAGCAGAUGUUGAAAAACAUUUAUUAUACCCCCUCUAACCCAGGGUCUUAUGGGGGUAAGGAGCGUUUAGAGAGAGCUAUAGCCGAAGAAACAGAUAACAGGUUAGGCGCUGCUCAAGUGAAUGAAUGGUUAGCAGAGCAGGAUGCUUACACUCUGCAUAAACCUGUGCGAAAACAAUUUCCAAGAAAUAGAGUUUUAUCUACUCAUCCCAUGUCCCAGUUUCAGGCGGAUCUAUGUGACAUGCAGGCCCUUGCAGAUAAAAAUGAUGGAAAUCGCUACAUGCUAACGGUUAUAGAUAUUUUCUCUAAAAUAGCAUUUGUAAGGGUCUUAAAAAAUAAGAGUGGGGCAGAGGUGACCCGGGCCUUUGACUCUAUCUUGAAGGAAGGAGGAGCCCCCAAGAAAGUGCAGACUGACGGCGGAAUUUUUUUUUUAUAAUAAUUUUCAGAAACUCAUGAAGAAGCACAAUAUAGUACAUUUUGCUACAGGCUCGGAUUUGAAAGCUUCAGUUGUUAAACGUUUUAACAGAACUCUGAAGGAGCGGAUGUGGAAAUAUUUUACAGCUCACAACACGCAUAGAUAUAUCGAUAUAGUUCAAGAUUUAGUAAAGGGGUACAACUACAGCUACCAUAAGAGUAUACGGAUGAAGCCCUCUGAGGUCUCUUCUGAAAACUCUUUUCAAGUCCAUUUUUUUCUGUAUAGUUUGUUCCCCCUUCGCCGUAAGAUUUUUUUUAAAUUUAAAAUUCAUAGUGGGGGACUUGGUGCGUAUAUCCAAGUUGAGGGGUGUUUUUGACAAAAAAUAUGAGCAAGGUUACAGCGAUGAGGUGUUCAUCGUUACUGAAUGUCUACCGCGCAUAUCCCCUGUCUACAAGUUAAAAGAUUAUGACGGGGAGCUUAUAGAGGUAUCUUUUUAUGAGAAGGAAUUACAGAAGGUCCAGUUGGGUAAAGACAAAGUCUUUCACGUGGAGGAGAUUCUAGAUCAGAAGAGAGAAAAGGGUAAAAAAUGGGUGUUGGUCCGUUGGAAAAACUGGCCCCAAAAGUUCAACAGUUGGGUAUUAGAGCACGAUGUGCCGGAGGCAUCGGGGGUUAACUUAAACCCUCAUGCAUGAUAAAUACAACAUCAUUCGAGUGUACACAGGAGUGCAUCAUGGAACACAACGGAUUCUACCUGACUCUCCCCAGUAAUGCGUCUGCACAUAUACUGUAUAUAUAGGAAUAACCAAAGUUCGAAUUAUACAACCAAUUUUCCAAAGCCUAUAGAGUUAUCAGAGGCCUGGGAAGUAGGUCUCAGCGAGAUUACAUACCCCCAUAGUUGGUAUAAUAUCAAGGAUAAGGACCGUGAUUUUUAUUUGCAAAAGGAUAUCGGAACCUCCGAAACUUAUAAAGAUUAAAAAAGGGUUCUAUAGAACCGUCAACAGGAUCGUCUCAGAGUUGAACAAACUCCUAACCCUGAACAAUAUGGAAAUACUCUUGAUCUACAUCCUUCUUGCCUCCCUGAGGUACAAUAACGUUAAUGAGCCCCUUUCAAAUAACGACAACAUUUCAUUUUCAUUUAGAUGUUUUAUUUUUGCAAACAUCAAGUAUUACGUAUACAGACAAUUCAGGAUUCGUAGCAGGAUACCAGUCCCCGUUUUCUGAACGAUCCAAGCAUGCAACACCCUGUAUAUUUGGUUUAGAUUUACAGGCUUGUGUCGCUGAAUUUUUAAAACACACUCAUCCGCUAUAUAAGUAUAUAAACAACAAAUAUGAUACAUGUUACAAUUAAACGGUGUUUCAAACAAAUAAAGUAAAAUCUUAGACAAUGUUGUUUCUCGUUCUUCAGAAUCAUCCACAAGACGGGAUACCAGUUGUGUCCAUUGUAGGCUCUCGCCCGUAUGUCGUACAUGAUUCAUGAUUUGCUCUGCAUUAACCCAGGUAUUGUGUGUUGUGGAGAACGAUACAUUGUUCACUUUAUUUUAAAUAAUUUGCUGCAUAACAUUUGUAAGUUCUCUCAAAAGAAACAAAUGAUUUAUUCUCUCUAACAUUGUAUGCAUAUAGUUACCCAUUGCUUUACAUCUAAAUAAAAAUAUGUAUUGUUA